AUGGGAGCUGCUGAUCCCAUGCCAGGCACCACCGCAGUGCCAGGUGACUUUGGCAGUGAAGCUGCUGCGGGUGGCACUGGCAGCACAGCAGGUGAGUUUCAAAAGCCUUUCGCAGACAAUGUCCAAAUCCAGAAGGAACAAGCCGCAGCUGUCCGUGUGAAUCAGAAUCCACAUCGCCAACCUGAGGCAGCUUCAUCAUCCACUCACAGCCAGGAUGCGGAGCACUUGGCCCUAUCAUCACGUGGAGUACCUCGAGCGCGCACUCGACAGCACCUGUCAGUAGAGUGCCUGUUCACAUUGGGGGCACGUGCCGUGCACCGGAGGCACAAGGUCGUUGGAACCCAGGCAGCCAAAAUGGCUGAUGAGGAUCCACAAAGCGUUUUUGUUCAAGCGUUUGUUCAUCGAUCGAAUUCACGGAUCCGAGCAUAG